UGCCUAUCCAAGCUUUGCUUGAGGCUCUUUCAGUAUCAGAAGGAGAUAAUGAUUACGAUGCGCAAGCUAUGACAGACGUGGAUACCCUACUAGAGUGCUGCAGUAGUUUGUUGAAGACAAGCCAGACUGUACAAGGAGCUUUGGAGCUUGCACACUUCAGCGUCAAGCAAUAUCUGCUCGCUAUCGAUUCUCGAUCACCACCCCAGAUAGCGAAGUACCAAGUCAACGAAGAUGAGAGCACACUCACGCUGGCACAAGUCUGUCUGACAUAUCUCAACUUUCAGUGCUUCAGGCACGGGCCUGAACAGUCCGUCAAGGAUUAUAACAGUAUGCUUAUCCGGCGACCAUUCCUUCCACAUGCAAGCAAGUACUGGGACUACUAUGCCCAAGGUCACAUGAAACAUCCUUCUAUGAUGGCAUCAGCCACAUCUCUGUUCAGUUCUUCGAACAUGGGAAACUUUCGCCAUUGGAAUCAGGCACUCAUACUUUCCUUGAAUGGAGAGCUGGGUAUGGAAAGUGAUAUCUACACGGCUUGUAUGGAGGCACCACCAUUACAUUGGGCGGCUCUCCUUGCGCUGCAUGAGAUUCUGAGAGAUUUGCUUGAGGUGUUCUCGCCUAACUGCCACAGCGGUAUGGGAGUUCCUCUAUACUGCGCGUUGAUCGGACCCGAACUUCUGCUUCAUGGCGUUUCGAAAGCCACAGUGCAAGAUAUCGAACAGAAGUCAUGGCGUCCAGCUUCGAGACUGUUGGCUGUACAAACGCUUCUCUCUGCAGGUGCCGACCCAAACAGCGACGCGGAGUUAUCGACCGGUCAUGAUAAUUCUCACGUCGCUUUUCACGCAACGGACAGCCAAGCGGACUUUUUGACUGUACUUCUCAAGGCAGGAGCAAAAAUUACAGCAGAUACACUUGCAUGCGCUUUCCGAUUGAAGGAUGACACCGAGGCAAUACAUGGAAUCAUUUCCUUGGCCAGAGGCGGGGGAAACAGUCUUAAAGAUGAAUCAGACCGAGACGCUUUCAACAAAAUCAAGUUACACCUUCCCAGUUUUCAAGACGGUGUCGUACAGCCAUCCGAACAAUCUUUCCAGUCUAUGAUGGCUAGAAUGAACCGAACAGAAAUUUCAAAAGCUUUGGAGAAUGAUGUGCGACAUGGCCUCUCAUCAAGGGUUCAGGCCAGGUUGGAAGCAAUAAGGAACAGUUCUCUGAAAGGGCAGUUUUUGAUACAGAUUCAAGAACAUUUCUGUUACGCGAUAAGCCAUGAGAACCGCGAAAUGGUGGAAAUCUUUCUCAACAAUGGCGCUAAGGUAGACCGACAAAGCUUCUUCCUCGCCGUGCAGACUCGAGCAUCCAAGAUAGUAGAUCGGUUCCUCAAAGAAAGUCCUGGCAUUGUCGAUCAUGACGACCUUGUUGCGACUAUUAUCGCCGGUGAUUACGAAACCUUUUCGUCUCUGAAAUCGACCGGCAUUGACAUGUCUUGCCGAAGUUUGGAUGGUUGUCUUCUUAUCCAAUAUGCACUUCAAAAUGAUGACAAACUUGGAUCUCCUGGACGCAUCUCAAUUAUCGAGGCACUGUUAAAACUCAAUCCGCCACUCCAGGAGCCCUGUCUACAUGGUGAUUUGCCAAUUCAUUGCGCUGCAAUGGCUGGGAUGAGUGAAGUCGUCGACGAUUUCAUUCGCCGGGGGUCUCCCGUGGAUACUGAAGGUGCUUCAGGGUACAGGCCUACUCAUCAUGCCUCUAAAAAAGAUUCAAUUAAGACCAUGCAAAUGUUAUUAGACGCUGGUGCCGAUCGAAACGCGAAAAGAGGGGGUGUCGGUGGUGGCCCACUUCAUUACGCUGCGAUCCACAACGCGACUGAAUGUACUCGGUUACUCAUCCAAGCCGGAGCAGAGCUGGAACAGUUGAGUUCCUCCCAAUACACACCAUUGCUUAUUGCUUCGAUAAGGCAUUCUUGGAACGCCGCCCAAGUUCUCAUUCAUGCAGGAGGCAAUGUCAACGUAUACGAACCCGGAACACAAUGCACUCCUCUCAUAUUAGCAUCGCAAUCAGGCUGCCUUGAGGUUGUUGAACUGAUUGUCAAGCGUGAGACAGACCUGGAUUUCAAGAAUUUGGAAGGUGAAAAUGCACUUUACCUUGCUGCGAAGCACGAUCACAUCGAAAUUGUGGAUAUACUGUUGAAGUCGAACGCGAAGCCAGACGCAGACCGAAAAGGCUACGAUGGUACCCCACUACAUUGGGCUAUAGUACGCCAUUUUGUUGACGUUGCUCGCCUACUGUUGGACUACAAUGCUGAACUUGAAACCCUCAAUUGCGUUUUCCAAACGCCUUUACUUGUUGCCACAUCUGUACAGGAGUGGGAGAUUGCGAAGCUGCUUGUGUCUAAAGGCGCAAACGUCAAUGUCAAGGAUUCUAUUAUAGGUGUCACGCCUCUACAUAAUGCCUCCUUAUAUGGACACACCGAGCUGGUGGAACUUCUGCUGGAAAAAGGAGCCGAAGUUAACGCGACGACAACAGAAGGCCGGACACCCCUUUUGGAAGCGGCAUUGAAUGGAAAUCUACCAACGCUCAAGCUCCUUGUUGGAAAAGGAGCAGAUAUCCACGCACAAGAUCACACAGAAGCUAGCCGUUCGGCAUUAUCUGAAGCCAUCAGUCAUACACCCUCUGUGGAAGUCGUCAACUACCUACUAGGGCUAGGCGCAGACGGUGACUUGCAGUCCAACGGUGCUGACAGUUGUCUAGAAUUGGCAAUCAAAUCAGGUAACACACCCAUAGUUCAAACACUUCUUGCUCAUGGUGUGGAUGUCAAUGCCCAACGAACACUUUCCAAACAUACCCCCAUUAUGAGGGCUGUAAGUCACAAUCAGGCAGAAAUUUGCAGGAUACUUCUUGAACAUGGCGCCGAUCUCACAUUGAGAGAUUAUAGUGACAGAACUGUCGCUCAUCAAAUCAUGAAAUACGCCAAUGCAGAAAUCCUGAAAUUGUUUCUGCCGUUUAACGUUGAUUGGACACAUUCGGAGAAAACACACUCCAUUGACUUCGAAGACGGAAACGUUUCCUACGGUUUCUCACCACUACAUCUCUCAGCGAAAUACAACUUCCCAGAUGCCAUCAAUAUACUUUUUGACGAAAAAUUGGUUGAUGAUGUCAACUGUAUAUGUGGAGGAAAUCUUACGCCACUUCACUUUGCGGCAAACGCAGGCAGUCUAGCUGCGAUGGAGGCCCUGUUGACCAAGGGUGCCGAUAUCCAUGCGGUGACGGCAAAAGAACGCCAGAAUGCAUUACACAUUGCCGCCCGUUUAGACAAUCUCAAAUGUGUCUCGGCGUUACUCGAGAGAGGGGCUGAACCAGGCCACUCGGACAAACAUGGUAGAACAGCUGCAGAACUAUGCUCUAGCCAAAUGGUUCGACUUGUAAUACAGCAAGCUUUAAAAGAACGAGGUUCGACUAGUCGACUCGUGACUUCUGAGAUAACUGGCAAGAUUCCGGGCAUCGCAAUAGACCCCAGGUCCCAAAAGUUGAUCAAGGCCUGUGAAGAUGGAAACCUGACUAUUUGCCGUGAGCUGAUAUCGAUGGGAGUCGAUUGUAAUGCCGCAUUGUCAGAGUCCCGUUCUUCCCCAUUGCUCAUCGCAUUGGCCCAGCAUGACAACUACAAUCAACAGCUGGUACACUAUCUCAUUGAUAAUGGAGCCGAUAUUCAAAGUCAUGCUGGUCCAGAGGUUGAGAGAGCUGGUUAUCAACCGAUUCACUACGCCGUAUGGAGAAAUUCAAUUGAUACUCUUCGUAAGCUAUUGAAAAGGGAUGCAAGCAUGUCGAACUUUGGCUUGGAGCCAGUCCAUGUUGCUGCUUGUCGAGGAAGUCUUGAAGCACUAUCGCUGCUAUUAGAUCACGAACGCACCAGGUCGGAUUGCGGCUCAGUACAACGCAUGCUUGAUGUUCAAGUCAAACCAGACCCCAAGUUUCCUAAGAUGUGUAUAGCUCCAGGUCCAAUCUUUGCAGAACAUUAUCUUAGCACCGGUACAGCACUCCAUUUAGCGGCGUGGUUUGGCAAUGAUGAUAUAUGUCGAAAGUUACUAGAUUCUGGUGCAAAGGUCGAUGCAAUUGAUGCCAGAGGCAGGACAUCAUUACAUCAGGCGGUGUAUGGGGACAAUCUGACUGUGGUGAAACUUCUUCUGGACUCUGGUGCUGAUAUAAAUGCCCGUGAUCUGAUGGGUUGCUCUCCGUUCCUCCUAUCGAUCGACACAGAAACAGAAACGGACAUAAUGGAGGAGAUAAUUUCUCGCUCGCCUGAUCUAACGGUUGUAGAUAUCUUCGCAAGGAACGCCGCCUUCUACGCAGCUGACGUCUCAUCUACUGGAAAGGGCAUAAAGGUGCUCCAAAGGCUGCUGCAGCUCAAAGUGCCAUUCGAUCUGCGCGACAUACAUGGCUACCGUCUGCUACAAUAUUGCCUUCGCCGCGAGUAUACGCUUGAUCCCAAUAUGAUCGAGUUUCUUGUCGAGCAUUGCAAUAUUCUUGGUGGUGGAGACUCACCAAAUGGCAAUAUAGUCAACAUGGCAACCAACUACUUCCCAUCUCCAGUAGCAUUUCUCAAGAUCAUUUUCGAGCGUCUUUCAGCUCUUUUAUCGCCAGAGGAUUUCCGAACUUAUAUCAACAAUUGGUGUAAAGUCUACGGCACACCACUCUACUGGGUCACUUAUCGCGGGGAUGUGGCAGCCAUGGAGUUGCUAGUUGAAGCAGGCGCGGACAUUUCUCAAAUCAAGGGACCACUUGGGAAUGGCCUCAAUGCAGCUUGUGCCAUGGGUCGAGUCGACGCCAUCAAAUGGCUGCUUACACGAGGAGUAGGGUCGGUUGGAGAUGAGGCUUUGGAGCUGGCCUCAAAAUUUCAACAUGCGACAGCACUUUUGACCCGUUACAUGGAGAAUGGCGUGUCUGGUCUUGUUGAGGAGCCACACAAUUCAUCCGUCGUGAAACUACCUCCACCCCAGGCCAUGGAGGACAUCGUCCUUUCAAAAAUAGACGAUUUUGCCGGGAUAAGUAUACCAGGAGAUGACCUUCACACCAGAACUUUUCUCCAGUCUCAGUCCUCAGUCAGUAGUAGUUGCAGGUGGUGGCACGCCAGCUCGAGUGGACAAAUCACUGUCAGCAGCCUCUGAGAUUGCGGCUCUUACUACUCCAUCAGAUGGAAACAGCAAUUUCGAGCGAGAUAUCAACGCGCACUUGAACGCAGAAAACACGCAACUGGUGGUUCUCGAGCGCAGCAUUUCAAUCCCUGUUGUUGAUCACGACUAUCACAAGGACAAUCAACAAAGCUUGGAUGCCACACAAAGCCUUACAACUGAACAUACCUUCAAAUGUUUACCAAUUCCACAUCAUCAGAUACCCCAGGGCUUAAGAUCAAAGGCGACGGCUGAGGAUAAGUCCUUGUCUUCCUGUCAGCUUUAAGAUGUUACUCCAGAGCCCGGAAGAGUCUGGUCCGGUGUAACGUGGCAUAUGAGGCACAACACAUUGGCUGCAGAGGUGCCUCCCUAACUUCUACAUGAAAUUCUUAUCAUCACCAUUUUAUUCUAUAUUUUGUAAUUUGCGUGUCGGUUACCAGGCGUUGGAGUGUACACUGGUGUGGAUUUCUCGUCUGGAGAGUGUAUUUCACAAGAUACACGCCACCUUUCACAUGCGCAUGUUGGGAGUGCA